CUGAGGCGAGGGUGGGGGCAGCUUGGAGGGUGGAGUAAUUCAGAGAAUGCGAGACACUGCCCUCCCUCCCUCUCUUCACUCCUCCUCCUCCGGGUGGAAAUUCAUCCUUCAGGCUGGGUAGCGGACAUUUGUGAGGAGGACGUCGGGAGUGCGGGACGCGGAGACUCGGAGAUCCACGGCGGCGGUGGCAGCAGAACUUCUACCGCCGGGUUUGGUGCUCUGCGGCUUCUGAGCUCUGCGCACAGCGAUGUGAUUUCCGUCUUGCGCUUUUCCGGUGGCUCUCAGCUCUUCUCGGUUCCUCGGAUUUUUCCAGCUGCCGUGCCUCCCUCAGCUCCGGCGGUUCUACUCGGAGCUUUACGGACAUCCGCCUCUGCUUCGUGUCCAACUUUGGAGACCUGACACCGACACACGGCCCGGUUCGUCCGCUGCACUCCGGAGUGAACGGGAAGGAGGUAACCGGAGCUCCCCGUCGCCUCCUCCGCCACCAGCUCCGGUGCGACCGCGGCGGCAGCAGCGGAGAGGGAAGCGGGAUUAAUGUCGGGAGGACCCGGACCCGCAGCAGCGCUCACGAUCUCAAAGGUGCUCGGCACAAUGGGACUCGUAACCCUCUGAGGGGCGAGCACAAAAGACGGAGGGGAGCAGGAAUAAAGCCGAGUGAAGAGGAGGAGGAGGAACAGAAGAAAGAGAAGAUUCUUCCUCGGCGCCGGAGAGGGAGGGAGAUUUGUAAAGAGGGAUUUGCUCUAUCUGUCGGGGGUGCAUGCUCCCCCUGAGCCCCCCACCCUCCCACUCGGACAUCCUCCUUUUUAUUUUAUUUUCUGCAUCAGUGACAGUUCGACAAAACGUAAAGAAUGCGCGAUAAACAAAGUUUGGGCUGGCUCGGGCCGAGCAGCGGCCUCGAUGUGAGACUACCCAGGACUAGAGUCGUGCUGCUGGGCGUGCUGCUCGCCGUGGCCGUAGCUGCGGAGCUGGACAUCGACAUGCUUGGCGGCAUGGUGUUGAUAGAAGCGGGUGGAGAAAGCGAGAGGUUUGACGGAGGCAGAGGUGAGCUCGAGGCCUCCAUGCAUUCCUCGCUCUUGCAGGACUUCCAGGAAGUGACAGAGGGCGUCGCGGCGGCGGAUGCUGGCGAAACGGCAGCGAAUCAGCAAAACGCGGCUACGCCCACGGCCUUCCCCGACACCUCGGCGAUGGUGGGUUGCAUUUUCCAGAUGAAGGUGCCAAACAAGAUGGAGGAUGUCUACCUGGGUGAUAUCAUCAAGAUUACAGAGAUGGGUAAGGACUCGCUCCCAGAAUGGCUGCACUGGGAUGCAAGCAGCAGAAUCUUGCAAGGUCUACCUUUGGAAGAGGAUAAAGGUGUCCACUACAUCACCGUGUCCAUCUCCAACCACACUAAAUCCUCAUCUUCUUCAGAGGUGUUUUCCAUCGCAGUGCACCCUGAAGAUUAUCUGGAUUCAGAUUCAGCCCAACUGAUGUCUAACCAGGCUUCCACUGAAAAUGACAUCCAACAGUUCAUGUGUGGGAACGAGGAACCGGUCACGGUGCUGACGGUGAUCCUAGAUGCUGAUUUGACCAAGAUGAGCUCAGAGCAGAGGGUAGAGCUCCUGGAUAACAUGAGGAGCUUCUCUGGUGUUGGGCUUCAGUACAUGAAGAUGCUCCCUGUGGUCAACAACAGGCUGUUUGACAUGUCUGCAUUUAUGGCUGGACCUGGGAAUGCCAAAAAAGUGGUGGAGAACGGCGCUCUGUUGUCCUGGAAGCUCGGCUGCUCGCUGGACCAGAGCACAGUCCCUGAUAUCAACAGCGUCCAGGGUCCUGCAAAGGAAGGCACAAUGUCAGCUAAGCUGGGUUACCCCGUGGUGGGCUGGCACAUCGCUAACAAGAAACCUCAUGUCCCCAAACGAGUGAGACGACAACUAAACAACACUCCGACGCCUAUUCUGGUUGUGCCUCCUCCAACAACUGCAGUGGAGCCACCAGUGAGAAUUAUCCCGACCCUCUCCUCUCCCUCUAUUGCUGCACCGACCGAAAGCUCUGCCCCUCCCGUGAGAGGUCCCGUCCCGCUUCCGGGAAAGCCUACUUUUAGAGUCCGUGACCCUAUUGCUCACACUCCGACUAUGGGACCUUCCCAGCCAACGAGGGUCAUGGAGUCCACCAGCAGCAUUUCUAUCCAGCCGAGCAUGACCAGGCCUAUUUAUGUACAACCCACCGCCACACCAGCCACAGCCUCUACACCCACAUCCACCAGAAAAACUACCAGGAAACCAGGAAAGAAGGUGAAGACGACCACACCAGCAUUCAGAACGCCAAAGGCCCCCACAACAAAAUCUCCUAUGACCACCACAUCACGUGCUGUUCCAGAUCCAUUCAACGAAAAGCCCGUGUUAAGGAACCCCAUCGACCAGGUCAAUGCAUUGGUGGGCACUUAUUUCGAAGUCAAGAUCCCAUCUGAUACAUUCUUUGACAAAGAGGAUGGAACGACAGAUAAGCUGCGAUUAACCCUUCGACAAAACCACAAUGAAAUAGUUCCAGAGGACUCCUGGAUCCAGUUCAACACCACCAGCCAACUGCUCUAUGGACUGCCUGAUGUCCAGCAUGUGGGAAAACAUGAAUACUUCAUGCAGGCAGCUGACAAAGGUGACCUCAAGGCAAUUGAUGCUUUUGAGGUUCGCGUAAACCGCUGGCCAACCAAUGACAAAACUCCUGUAAUAUUUACGGCCCGAUUUGAGGGUGAGCCACGGUCUGUAACGAACGACAUCCACAAGAAGAUCCUGCUGGUUAAAAAGCUGGCAUGUGCCCUCGGGGACCGCAAUAGCAGCAUGGUGAGUCUAAGGAACAUCACCAAAGGGUCCAUUGUGGUAGAGUGGACGAACACCAGCCUGCCUCAGCACCCAUGUCCAAAGGAGCAGAUCGUAGUCAUGAGCAGGACGCUCGCCAAUUCUGACGGAAGACCCUCACAGAUUUUCAGGCACAAUAUGGAACCCGAAUUCAAACCACUGGACGUCAAGGUGAAGGGGAGGGCAAGCUGCCGAAUGUAUUCCUUCAUCCCACCAGGAGACAUCGAUAUCCCAGAACCUCCAGCUGUCACUCCAGGUGUGGGAUCAAGCCAGGAUAGCGCAGAUGACGUCUAUCUCCACACGGUCAUUCCUGCUGUGGUGGUGGCAGCAAUAUUGCUAAUAGCAGGAAUUAUUGCAAUGAUCUGCUAUAGAAAGAAACGAAAGGGCAAGCUUACCAUUGAGGACCAGGCCACCUUCAUUAAGAAAGGUGUGCCGAUUAUCUUUGCAGACGAACUUGAUGAUUCCAAGCCACCUCCGUCCUCCAGUAUGCCCUUGAUUCUCCAGGAAGAGAAGCCCCCACUUCCACCCCCUGAAUACCCCAACAUGGCCACGCCAGAAACCACUCCGCUAAAUCAGGAGCUGCUGGGGGAGUACACGGCUCUGCAAGAUGACGACCCCAACGCGCCUCCCUACCAACCGCCUCCUCCCUUCACCACUCCUAUGGAGGGCAAGGGCUCCCGUCCGAAGAACAUAACUCCCUACAGAUCUCCACCUCCUUACGUGCCACCCUAAGACUUGGUUAACCCUCCCCUGAUAGGGUGGAGGGAGAGGAUGCCUGAGGAACUCUGACAGUUUCCUUUCUGGUGUUCGUCUGUCUGGACAUUUGCAGGGAGUGAUGACAAGAGGUGCUAAAGUACAAAAAGGCUUCAAGCGACUUUGGUUUGGGAUGGGUUGGGGUGCAAUGAUUUGGGUGGGCUUUACAGUGCACAGGGAGGGACUACUGUUUUCGUGGUAGCCCACCUACUACAGUGGCCUAAGACGAGCAAAUUCUCAUCACACUGGCUUUGGGUUCGACCAGCUGGUCUGAAGCAACAACUGGGAGACGUGCUCUCCCGUCCCAGCAUUUUCUUUUCUCCCAGGUUUGGAUACUGGAUUAUUUUUCACCUUUAGCCCAAGAUUCUGAUUCUUUUUUCUUUUUCCUCUGGACUGAAGUGUUUGCCUAACUCUUCUUCUGCCUGGCUUUUAAAUAAUGCGAGAAGACGGCAUCCUGUCAUCAGACCGCUGCAGGCGACAGCUCGCGUUUUUAAUAAAGGGAGACAGAUCCUCCGAAUAUGAGAAAAGCUAUCGCGAGGAUCUCAAUUCAGCCCUGCAGACGACACAAGACAAUAGGAGGCCGAAGUGUGUGCGCGAGUGUGUGUUUGAAAGAGUGGGCGUGUUUAUUCAAAUUCAAUACGGUUUGCCUUUUAACACUAGUUGUCUGUUUUUAUCCUUAUUCACAAUGUCUAGUAAAGAUGAGAAUAACAAGGUAGCCUAAAAAGAUUUAGAGAAGAAUAAUAAUUUUUGUUUCAUUGGUUUUGAGUUUCACUGUAUAUCUGGAAGACAUUAUGAUAGAUUGUUAUAUUUUUUUGGAGGUCGAAGAAAUGUGGAAGAAAGGGACUGCCUCACUAAAAUAACCUGCAGGAGCUUUCUAUUCCUGUUUUUAUAUAUAUAUAUAUGUAUGAAACGCCAAUAUCACAAUUCAAACAUGAACCUUCCUCCCUUCAGUACAGCUAACAGACUCAGUCAGAUGGAAGCAACAAGGAAAUUUAGUUAUGAGAGGUUGACGAGAUUUGGAGAUGAAUAAUUAAAUGUAGCAACACUAGUCUUGCCCUUUUGUACACACCUCCACGUUGUAUACUAACAGGAAGAACAUCCCUGCAAUUUAUUUUGGACCAGGGAGAAUUAUUUUUUUAUGUAACGAGGCAGUUCUUCUCUCCACUCGGACGAGGAAUGCUGCGUGCCAACCCCACGCGGGACUGUACAGAUAAUCCCAUUUUAGAGGUCACGGAGGAGAUGACGGAGGCCGAGACGCGGACGCGAUUAGUCACCAAAACAAUAAAGUCACAUUUUAAUUUUCUUUUUACAAGAGUUUUUGAUACAGCCUCAAAUCGAUUGAUUAAAACGAGAAAAUGAUUCAAGAUUAGUCUUCUGUGAUUUGUAAAAUCUUAGCUUAGAGUUCAAUUAUUGGUUCAGUUAUGUACUUUGAUUUUUUGUCGUGGGUCACAUGUUUUAACGUUUUAUUUUACUCUGUGUGUGUUUGCAUUUAAAGUGUAUUUCCCACUAUUCAAAAAUGGAAUGACCCAUAUUUUAUGUAUUCACAACUUUUAUUUCUUUAUGUCCUUCUGUUUGAUGAUGAGUUCAACUGAAAGUGACCCUUUGCAAUAAUAAUGUACGCUGCGGUCGACCCAGCGACGGGUCGGUGCAGGCUCGAGUGACUGAUACGGUCGUGAUGAUGUUGGGUUCGCAGAUGCCAAGGCUUUUUUUUUUUUUUGCUUUUGGAGUGUGCAUUGUAAUAAUAAAACCAAGUGGUACCUUAAACAAAAGCAAAAUCACCCCUUUCUUCAUUCUGAUUUAACUCGUUUCUGCCGGGAUAAUGUUUUCUCCUGAUCCCACCCUGACUGAUGUUUAUGGAUGAGAUUUUUGGUCACUGUCACUUUUCUACUGCUCCACUUAGCCUUGAAUUGAUAAAUCAAUCCGUCUGAAGUCCACAAGAGGUUUUACCUCCCUAGACAGCUCGCUGCCUGGCAACCAUCUACGGUCUUUGGACUCACUGGAACGGUUGUACCGCUGUCCUUUUUGUACUAAAUUAUUCUGCCACUGAAUGACUAGUUGGACAAUUCCGUUUGAAAACUCUGCCCAUUAAAAAGGCUACGCUGUGAAAACAG